AUGGUGCCCACAGCGCCUGGGGGACCCAGCAGCGGUGCCAGCUCCUGGGGGGGGCAGUGUCAUCCCCUGCCCGGGCGCCCACCCGCAAGGGGAGCAGCUGGGGCCAGAGGUGGUCGGGAGCAGGAUGGGGGCUGGGCUGUCGGCCCCCAGGCCCCCACCCCAUGGGGACGGGCACAGAACAUGGGGGGGACCCCCAGCUCCCCCCGAUGGGGCCACUCUGGGGGCAGCGGCGUGGGCGGUGCCGCAGGGCCCCCCAAGGGGCCCGUGCCCUGGGGGGCUGCUCCAGGCCACAAGGCUGCUCCGCGUCAAGACGUUACACAGUGA